GAAUUUAAACAGUUAACGGAACGAUGUGCCACAUCUUUGACCGGACGUAAAAUCCGGACGGACCAAAACAGCUUUCAGAUAGUUUACGUUGACGUGGAAGCGAAUGAGCACCAUGGCAAACACAAAAGUAGAAAUUUCUACCGAUGGUUCCUCUAUAUCAUCAAAUCCCAAUGUGCCUUCUCAACCCAACAAUCCGCUGUCAAGGAAGCUCAACAAAAUUUUGGAAACGAGACUUGACAAUGACAAGGAGAUGCUGGAGGCUCUCAAAUCGCUGUCAGUCUUCUUCACAGAGAACAGUUUGCGUACAAGAAGAAACCUUCGUGGCGACAUAGAGAGGCGAAGUCUGACAAUCAAUGAAGAAUUUGCACGAAUGUUUAAAGAAGUUAAAGAGGAGCUUGAAAGUGUCCAUGAAGAUGUCCAGGCCAUGAGCACAUGCUGUGAGGAAAUGACCAGUAGACUAAAGGCUGCAAAAGAGCAAACUCAAGACCUCAUCGUAAAAACCAACAAGCUGCAGGGAGAAAAUCAUCGGCUGGAGGUGAGAGCUCAGGUUGCUCAAGCAUUCCUUGCCAAGUUCCAGUUGUCCAACGAGGAGAUGGCCACCCUGAGGAGCGCCCGCGAUGGGCCCAUUACAGAGGACUUUUUCCGAGUUCUCAGCCGGGUGAAGAACAUUCACGAGGACGUAAAAGUGCUCCUGCGAACGAACCAGCAAACUGCAGGGUUAGAGAUCAUGGAGCAGAUGGCCGUGUUACAGGAGACCUCAUAUGAGCAACUGUACCGCUGGGCUCAGAAUGAAUGCAGAGGACUCACUCAGGAGACAUGUGAUAUCAGCCCGGUACUGACUCAAGCCAUGGAGGCCUUACAAGAUCGCCCCGUUCUUUACAAGUACACCCUGGAUGAGUUUGGGACCGCACGCAGGUGUGCAGUGGUGCGAGGCUUCAUUGACGCCUUGACCCGCGGCGGGCCCGGAGGAACCCCCCGCCCCAUAGAGAUGCAUUCACACGACCCGAUGAGGUAUGUCGGGGACAUGUUGGCCUGGCUGCAUCAAGCAACCGCCUCAGAGAAAGAACAUCUGGAAGCCCUGCUUAAACAAGUCACAAUGCAAGGUGUGGAGGACAACAUGCAAGAGGUGGUGGGACACAUCACAGAGGGAGUCUGCAGGCCGCUGAAGGUGCGGAUAGAACAAGUCAUCGUGGCAGAGCCAGGAGCCGUCCUGCUUUACAAGCUGUCCAACCUGCUCAAGUUCUACCACCACACCAUCAGCUCUAUUAUUGGGACCAAAACGGCCUUUUUGCUCAUGACUAUUGAGGAAAUGCACCUCCUCAGCAAAAAAAUGUUCUUCAAUAGCCUGAGUCUACACGCAAGCAGACUCAUGGACAAGGUGGAGCUUCCUCCGGCAGACCUCGGACCCACAGCAUCCCUCACCCAAACCCUCUCCCUCCUCAGGGAGGUGCUCGCCUCCCAUGACUCCUCUGUAGUCCCCCUGGAUGCACGGCAAGCUGACUUUGCUCAGGUCCUGUCCUGCAUCCUGGAUCCGCUCCUGCAACUGUGCACCGUCUCAGCCAGCAACCUGGGCACAGCGGACAUGGCCACCUACAUGGUCAACUCCCUGUACGUCAUGAAGACCACACUGGCCCUUUUUGAAUUCACCGACAAGAGGCUGGAGAUGCUUGAAUUCCAGAUUGAGGCUCACCUAGACACGUUGAUCAACGAGCAGGCGUCCUACGUCCUGACCAGAGCUGGACUGAGUUACAUCUACAGCUGUGUGCAGCAGCACAGCCCAGAGCAGGGUUCGCUGUCCCUCCUCCCCAGCAUGGACAGCUCCUCUGUGAAAGCAGCAAUGGUUCAGUUUGACCGGUACUUGUCGUCACCCGACAGUCUUGUUAUGCCGCAGCUCAACUUCCUGCUGAGUGCAGCCAUUAAGGAGCAGAUAUUCAAACAGUCGACAGACCUGGUGUGCAGAGCCUACAGAGAGGUUUAUACGGCUCUGACCAGCCCAACAAACGCCUACAAGGACCCCGAAAACCUGGUGCCCAGAUCCCCUCAGCAGGUUCAGACAUUACUGUCCUGAGAGCCUUUUUCCUUCUUAUCCACCUCACACACUGGGACGGAUGCAGCAGGGGCGCAUGUCUAAUAACAAAAAUGUAUAUACAACCAAAUAUUUAGGUGGCACCUUUUGGAAAAUGUGGGUCAGUAAUUCCAGAGACACUGGAACAGAAAUGGAGGCUGUUUGGAAGCUGUAUGCAGAGUUUGAAGGGAAAACCUAUGUGUCUAUAUGUAUAUGUUUAUUAGUCAUCAAUAGGGAAGAUGUUUGUUUUUUGUUUUUUUGGGGGGUUCUAUUUAUGU